AUGGGUAAUACAGUUAGUCUAGAAUUACUUGAUAAAUCUAUUAAAAUAAGUGUAAUAUCAAGAUCUAAAAGAGACUGUAAAUACAAUAAUAAAGGAGAUUGCUUUACAUAUAACUCAAUUAGUGAUAAAUUUAAGUUUAUAAAUAAUUAUGCAAAAUGUAUAGAUAUCAUUACAAAUAAUAAAUAUAUUGAAGUAUUAAGAUCUUUUUCUCUUAAUAAUUUUUAUAUAAACUACGAUAAUUCUGUGGAUUUCGAAUAUAGCUUACUUACUUUUCAGUAUUCCAUACAGAAUAUUACUGUAUUAUUGAACUCUUUGAAGAAUUAUUUAUCAGAUAUAAUAUAUAUUUGUUUUUGUCCAAAUAAUGAUGAAGAUUAUAAUAAUUUUAUGGAUUUAACAAAUAUACUAUUAGAAUAUUCAAUUGUAUAUGAAGUUAUUAAAACUGAUCAUAUAACAUGUAUGAUUAGAGGUAUUGAAUUCACACUAAAAUACUUUUUAAAACCUAUAAUAUUUAACUAUUCUGAUAAUAAUGAAUCAUUUAUUGUUAAUUCUUGGAAAUGUUUAGAUGUAAAUGUAAAUACAGAAAUACCAACAGAAUGUGAAGCUCACUUAAUUGGAAAUAAAUGGAAACCUUAUAUAUUAGUUGAUACUAUGUGGAAUACUUCUUAUUAUCAUGUAAAUUGUUGUUAUAAUUAUGAAAUGAUAGGUAAAAGUUUAAUUGGUGAAUCAUCUUUUUGGAAUUUAUUAAAUAUCUUGUGUCCAGAAAUAUUAUCAAUUAAUGAUAUAAAUUAUGCUAUUUCAGUAGGAGAUAUAAGAAAUUGUGAUAUUUUAGUAAAUGAUAUAUACGGUACUUCAUAUAAAUCAAUAAAUUUACAUAAGGAUAAAAUUGCUUCUUGCAUGGGAAAACUACAAAGUUAUGAAAUCAAUUCUAGUUUAGUUAAUAUACCCUUACCAAAAUAUCAUUUAGAUAAUUCUAUUUCAAAGUUUUACUAUAGAAAUUAUAAUUCAUCUAAAUCUCUUAAAGAUCAAUUUAAUGUUUAUAAAACAUAUGAAGCCAAAUAUUAUAAAUCUAAUGAUCUAUCUGAUAAUAAUACUGAGAUUGAAUCACUUAAAUUCAAUAUAUAUCAAGAAGAUAUUACAAAAAGCUUACUUGCAAUGAUUGGGCAUUCUAUUAUAUAUAAAGCAUUUAUACAUGCAGAAUUAACUAAUGUAUCUAUUAUAAUUGUGUCAGGUUUCAAUAUAAUGAUUCCUAGUCUAUUUUUAGUUAUGCAAAAUUCCGUAUAUAAAUGGUCAAAUAAGAAAAUAAAGAUUUACUUUGUUGAGGAUCCACAUCUUCUUGUAUCUGUAGGUUCUAUAUUUAAUUUCAUAGCAUUAUAA